AUGGACUUGGUUGAAAAUAAUAGCCGGUCGAAAAUAUCUAUGCGGCGGGAAUUUUCUCGCACUUUGGUUUUUAAAAAUGGUGUUGAUAAUUUUAUUAAGUUUUCUUGUGAAAAUCUUCGCGGUGGAGAGGAUGGGCUUAUUAGGCGCCCAUGUGGAAAUUGUAAAAAUAAGCUUUACAAGACUCCUAUUGCCGUUAAACUUAAUUUGUAUCGGUAUGGUAUAAUGCAAUGGUAUACCAUAUGGACUGCACAUGGGGAGAAAAUGCCGGAAGAAAAUAUCGGGAUGAGUACUAGAAAUGUUGGUGAUGGGGAUAAUGAUAUGUAUUAUGACGCCAAUGAUAUGUUAAGGGAUAUUGAGGAGGCAAAUAUGUAUCGUGAGAAUAUGGAUAAUGAACCGAAUCCAGCGACAAAAGAAUUUUGUAAAAUGCUGCACAGUGCUUCGGAACCAAUUUAUCCAAGUAAUGUCAACUAUACAACCUUUGAGUUCAUGAACGAGUUAAUUCAUUUCAAGAAAAAGCAUAACUGUAGUAACAAUGGCUUUGAUGAAUUGCUUAAGCUCAUUGGAUCAGUCUUGCCUCACAAUCAUAAACUGCCCCAAACCUAUUAUGCUGUGAAAAAUAUGCUUAAAGGAUUGAAUUUGGGAUAUGAAAAGAUUGAUGCUUGUGAGAAUGGUUGUAUGUUGUUUUACAAGGAAAAUAGCGAGAAGACACGUUGUGAUAUAUGCAACGAAAGUCGAUACAAAGAACCAAAAGAUCUUAACCAAAAAAAGUUCCCACGUCUUGUGUUAUUUUCUCUCACCCCGAGACUGCAACGUGAAUUAAGGCACCCGGCGGAUGGACAAGAGUGGAAACAAUUUGAUCGUUGGUUUCCAAAAUUUUCAAAAAAGAUUCGAAAUGUGAGACUCGGCCUUUCCACUGAUGGAUUUGAUCCCUUUCGUGAUGCACAUGAGAGAGAUUAUACCGUAUGGCCUGUGGUAGUUGUUGUUUACAACCUUCCCUCAUCUAUGUGCACGAAGGCUCCGUACAUGUUUAUGGCUCUUCUUAUUCCCGGGCCUAAGGAUCCGACAAAAGAUUUUCAUGUUUAUCUUGGACCAUUGAUUGAUGAAUUGAAAGAUUUAUGGCAGAAUGGGGUGGAAAACUACGAUAGGUUCUCACGUUCCAACUUUUUGAUGAGAACAGCAUUGAUGUGGACAAUUAGCGACUUUCAAGCACUUGCCAUGCUUAGCGGGUGGUCAACUAAGGGGAAGUUGUUAUGUCCAGUUUGCAUGGGAGAGGUAAAGGCCAAACAACUUAAGUAUGGUGGCAAAGUUACCUUUUAUGGCACUUCUAGAUAUUUUUUGGAACCGGAUGAUCCAUUAAGAAGAAGAAAGUCAUCCAAGAGAAAAACGAAGGACUAUGGCGUGACACAUAAUUGGACUCACUAUUCUCCAUUUUUUGAGCUCCCAUAUUGGGAGACUCUUAGUCUACGUCAUAACAUUGAUAUCAUGCACAAGGAGAAAAAUGUUUUUGACAACAUAUUCUACACGAUUCUUGAUGAUAAGCAGAAGUCAAAAGAUAACUUAAAAUCGAGAUAUGAUUGUCAAGAAUUAUGUGUGAAAAACAAAGCUCGAGCCGAGGGCUCAAUGGCAGAACGCUAUAUCGAGGAUGAAUGCAUACACUCUUGCUCAUUGUAUUUCAAUGACGAUGUCAAAACGGUUCAUAAUCGUUUGCAUCGAAAUGAGAGCCGGCAAGUUGAUGAAACUACAUCAUCUAAAGAGAAAAAAGGACCCGAUGAUGAUGCACUUCAAAAUGCGGUGUCAAUUGCUUCAUCAUCACAUUUUGAAAGUGUAAUUAUUUGUGAUCCUUCAAACUUUCUUAUUGACUUGGGGAUGUUCGAAAAUGAUUUCGCAAAGAAUUAUAAUGUUGAAGACGAUGGCGAAAACGAUGACGAAGAUGAGAGCGAAGAAGAUCACGAAAACGAGGACGAAGAAGAUGAACAAAAUGAUGAUGUAGAAUAA